UUUUGACGUUUUUCUUGUUGUGUAUUUCUGAACGUUCAAAAAUUAUUAUCCGACUGAUUGCAAGAGUCCGAUGACUCCGAUACUGAUUUUUCUUCCUUGUCAGGAUCUACUGCUUUUCCUUGUAUUAGAACGAGAUAGUGUCAUUAGCUACAUAAGACUACUAUAUUUUGAAAUGGAUUGGUUUAAUUAGUCAACCAGACACAAUUUUAACAAGCUGUAUUUUUCAGUAUUUAUUACCAUUAAUUACUUUUCUGUGUUAUGUGGUCAAUUUAGGCAACUAAGUGAGAGAUUUAAUGAACUAUUCAAUAUAUUAUGCACCUGAAGUGCUAUAAAAAUAAUGGUGUUUUUACGUGAAGUAAAAAAUACAUAGAGAGAUAUUAAAAUAGACCACACAAGAUGAAUUCGGCUUCUCGUUUCAAUAAUUGUUUGCUGAUUGUCCAUUUACUCGAAAUGAAAAUUUAACACUGGACCGUUUUCUAUUAUGAAAUCAGCUGGCAAUGUCAUUCAAGGAGUGCUAUCAGUCGUGAACAAAAGCAGUACCGAGGUGGCGGGUUGCGAGCACGGAGCCGGCGGCGCGGGGUCGGGCGGCGGGCGGCCGGCGGACACCAUCCGGCGCGUCAAGGUGAAGAUGUCGUCGGUGUCGGCGCAGGGCGUCGUGGAGCGCGCCUCGGCCGAGCUGUCGCGCCGCAUCACGGGGCUGGGGCUGCGCGGCCGCAAGCGCUCGCCCGGCGUGGUGGAGCGCGUGGCCAACGCGCUGUGCGGGCCCGCCGCCGCCGCCGCGCCGCGCGUGCCCCGGCGGCGCCGCCCGUCGCCGCGCCCGCUCGUGUGGAGCCAGUUCGUCAUGGAGGACAGGUUCCUCGAGAAGUUCUUCCUGUACUUCACGGCGAGCGACCGGAGGAACCUGGCGCAGGUGUGCACGAAGUGGCGCGACGUGCUGUACGCGUCGCCGCGCUGGUGGAGCGGGCUGGUGGCGGUGCUGGAGUGCCGCGAGCUGCGCGCGGCGCCGGGCUGCUGCACGCAGCGCUUCUACAACUCGCUGGUGCGGCGCGGCAUCCGCGGCGUCGUGCUGGUGUCGGCCACGGAUGACGACAUUAACGAAUUUAUAAGGCAAUUCCCGUUAUCGGCUCACCAUGUCCACGCCAUCGGCUUAAAAGGCUGCACGAUAACUGAUAGAGGGCUGGAAGCUAUUUUGGAUCACUUACAGGUUCUGUUUGAGCUAGAACUAACCGGAUGCAAUGAAAUAACCGAGGCUGGUUUGUGGGCAUGCCUAACUCCACGAAUUGUCUCUCUCACGCUUACUGACUGCAUUAACAUUGCUGAUGAGGCUGUUGGCGCAGUGGCUCAGCUGUUGCCCUCGUUAUACGAAUUCUCGCUACAAGCGUACCACGUGACUGACGCGGCGCUGGGUUACUUCUCGCCCAAGCAAAGCGCUUCGCUAAGCGUCCUCCGUCUGCAUAGUUGCUGGGAACUGACAAACCAUGGUGUCGUCAACAUAGUGCAUUCUCUGCCGAACCUAACGGUGCUCUCGUUGAGCGGGUGCAGCAAAGUAACGGACGAGGGCGUAGAGUUGCUCGCCGAGAACCUGCCUCGUCUGCGCAGCCUCGACCUCAGCUGGUGUCCGCGCGUCACCGACAACGCGCUCGAGUACAUCGCUUGCGAUCUUAACCACCUAGAGGAGCUGACACUUGACAGAUGCGUGCACAUCACGGACAUCGGCGUGGGCUACAUCAGCACGAUGCAGUCGCUGGCGGCGCUGUUCCUGCGCUGGUGCUCGCAGCUGCGCGACUUCGGCGUGCAGCACCUGUGCGGCAUGCGCUCGCUGCAGCUGCUGUCGCUUGCCGGCUGCCCGCUCCUGACGUCCGGAGGCCUGUCGAGCCUGAUCCAGCUGCGACAGCUGCGCGAGCUGGAGCUGACGAACUGUCCGGGCGCGUCGCCCGAGCUCUUCGACUACCUGCACGAGCACCUGCCGCGCUGCCUCAUCGUCGAGUAGCCCCGCCGGCUGUAGCCAUACAGCCUUUGGAACAACACGUAUGUGAUUAAUUUUAUGUAAUAACAGAUGUUUCUUUUUAAUCUAAUUUCUUAGAUUCUGUCCCAAAAAGUUCUUAUUACCUUUUGGAUGUUUCUUGUAUGUAAUCGUUGAUGUGUAACUUUCGUUUGCACUCGCUGAUGGUCUCUGAACAAAAGAAAGCGAUGACGUCUGAAACGCGAAGAUUUUGUUGCACAUUGUUUCGAAAUUGCGUUUCACUGGCCGCUUUAAUGAUUUGAUUGGCGCCAGGAAAGAACAAAUAGAGUUUUCUGAAUAGUUGAAUAUCAUCAAUUACUUCUAACAUCCAAAGUCGAUUGCAUUUAUGUAAUGAACGUGGUUACAGACAGUUUGUUGACAUAGAGAGAAAGGGACGCUGCUCUAGGAGCUUAAAAUCUAUUGGAUAGAGUGCUGUCCCUCUCACUCAUGUGACGAUGUAUGUACAGGUGGUACGUUAGCUAGCUGCGCUAAUUGUAUUAGGAUAUACUAUAUUGUAUUUUGGAUUGAAUUUCUUUCCAUUUUUCUUAAAUUUUGAACAAUCGUAGAUUCGUUAUUGGUAAGGUAAGACCGAGUGCAGAGGCGUGGAGUAAAACCCGUAUUUCAAGUAUAAUACAUUCAGAUACUUCGUGGAAGACUGUUGAGGGGUCCUAUACUAUCUAAUGAGUAAUAAUGUAUAAAGCUAUAUAAGUUACCUCGUCAUAAUUUGGAUAAUAAAUGUCAGUUAUUGGUAAAUUUAAUUUUGGUAUCUCGCUCGAUAUUAUGCAAAUAGAUGCAUACCUCUACUAUACAGCAUGUACUAAAUCUUUCGGCGGGUUACAGACGGUUUUAAAAAAUAAACCGAAAGUUUUAAAAGAUUUUGACCUCUCUUGAUUUGAAUUAUCGUUCACUUUGUGUAAAUGUUUGCCAUGGUUUUUAUAAAAAUGGUUAUAAUAAUACCAAAACUAACUGUACGGAUGUGAUAAAAAUAUACAGAGCUACAAUGUACAGAUACUGCAUGGCUAUGUAGCUGGUUAGCCCAGUAAGUUUUUUGAAAAGAACUGUAAAAAUCAUGCCUCAUAAAAGAUAAUGUACCCUAAAAAUUAAAAAAUUAUAUUAUAUUCAUAAUAAAAUAAGCUCUUCACCAUUAAUAAUAACAUCUGUAUUCUUAGGCGCAACCGUCCCCAUGGCUCAACUCCAAAGUUAACUAAAAAAAAUAUUCCACGCGACACUCCCUUCACAGUCGGGUCUCAAUCUUCUGGAAGUAACGACUGCUAUGAAUAUAUUCUUCUUUAACUCCGAUUUCUAUGAGUAGAUGAAUCACCCUGUAAAUAAAUAGAAAGAGGUUAACGGAAACCAGAACUCUAGGUAUGGUAAAUAUUUAAAUUACAUACUAAAUAUAAAUAUGUAAUAUGAGUUCAAAGAAAUUAUCCAAUAAUUAAAAGGCAUCGUCUAAGAAUAUGGAUGUAAAAGUCUGCCUUCUAGUAAUAAUUUCAAAGGCUAUAAUAGCUAUAGGGGUGUUAUAGUUCAAUUACCUAAACUUAUAUAGUAUAACGUUCAUAUUUUCGACAUCAUGCAAUCUUCAAUCAAUAAUAUACUUAUAAUAUUUUAGUUAUGUAUUUGAAUAGGUUUAAAUUUUAAAAUAAUUUUGAGACAAAUCUUAUUAUACUUAAUAAAUUAGUUGAUAAUCCACUGCAUUGCAUUUUUUUCACUAAAAGACCAAUUUCAAUAGUCCAUAAAUUAGUAUAUGGUAUCAUUGAAUGGUUUCUGUUUUACUUGAAUAAAUAGACAGUGGCAUAGUAGAUUGCAUAAUUUCUAUAAAAACAAGUUGUAUUUUAUGUUUGGAUAGAUGUAUAUUAUUAUUAACUUACCAUAGUUAAGUACCUCGAAUGUUUGUGCUUCUUUUUAUCAUUCUUAUUAAUUUUUAUUACAUUAUGUAUGUAUAUUAGGAGUCGUUGUUUCUUAUUCCUAAAUGUUUGCUCAAAUUGUUUGAAUUGCCAUGGCGGGAACAGUGUAAAUAUAUGAACGACUGCUGCAAUAAACUUACUAUCAACAAUUUGCUCGUAAGAUUAUGGUAACAGAUGUUUUAACAUGAAUAAUAAUAGUCAAAAAGAUGAACACAAAAUUGUAUACUUUGAAAGUAUAGAUUUGAUCAUACAAUUUGUAAAUGAUACAAAACGCAUUUAAUACUUUGAUGCACAUAUAGGGCUUUAAGCCCUCACAAUGCGAAAUCAAAGUCAGUUCGGGACGCCUGAAAUUUCACUUCGUGCUCGUUUGACUAUUAUUACAUGUCUCUCUAUGUAAUACUUUAUUAGUGA